AUGAGUCCUGUUGAGAGUGUUCCAGUGGCAGUAUUAAAUUGCAUUGAUGAUUAUGUGGAAUUACUUUAUGAUGACAUCCCAGAGAAAAUCAAAGGAUCUGCGCUCAUACUACAACUUGCAAGAAAUCCUGACAAUCUUAUUGAACUAGCACGAAAUGAGGCAUUGUUAAGUGCACUGUCUAGAGUAUUACGUGAAGAAUGGAAAAGGAGCAUAGAGCUAAGCACAAAUAUAGUAUAUACAUUUUUUUGCUUUUCCACAUAUAAUGAAUUUCAUCCAGUAAUUAUCCAGUACAAAAUUGGAUCACUUUGCAUGGAUGUCAUAGAUUAUGAAUUAAAGAGAUAUGACCAAUGGAAAGAAAAGGUAGAAGGAAAGAAGCAGGUUCUCACACCGGACAAGAAUGAACUCCCAAAGAGUCGCAUCCCAGAACCUAAGCGGCGACCUAAAUCAGGAACAUGGGCUGUUGCUGAUGUAAAUUUACAAAAAUCUAAAUCAUUAGUAUCCAGUUACCAUGAAGAUCUCUGCAGUGCCUCUGAUGAGUUUUUAUCAAAAAGUGAUGAAGAACAAUUAAAGCGGAAAUUAAAGACAUUGUCUAAGAGGCAGGAACAAUUGUUGCGAGUAGCCUUUUAUAUGUUGUUAAAUAUUGCAGACAAUGUAAAAGUUGAAGAGAAGAUGCAUAAAAAAGAUAUUGUUGGCUUACUCAUUGGUGCAAUGGAAAGGCACUCAAACAUUGAUCUCCUUAUUCUAAUUGUUUCAUUUUUGCAAAAGCUUUCAAUAUUUGUAGAAAAUAAAAACAACAUGGCGGCUCGUAGCAUUAUUGAUAAAUUAGCACCUUUGUUGGAUUCUUCAAAUGCUGAUCUAGUCAAUGUCACUUUGAAGUUAUUAUUUAAUUUAACGUUUGAUACAAAAUUACGAAACAAAAUGGUGAAAAUUGGGCUAUUGCCAAAGUUUAUACAGUUUACAAGUGAUGAUAAGCACAUAAAUUUGGCUAUGAAAAUAUUAUAUCAUUUGAGUAUGGACGACCGAGUAAAGUUGAUGUUUACUCAGUCUGACUGCGUGAAGCUGUUGACAGAUAUGUUACUGCUAAAUGUCGGGGGUGAGUCGAGUGGCAGCGGCGGCGCGACGGACGUGCUCCUCGCGUUAUGUAUUAAUUUAGCGUGGUGCGAGCGCGCUGCAAACCAAAUGGCUGCUGAAGGACGAUUGCGAGAAUUGCUAGCGCGCGCUUUUCGCCAUAAAAAUUCCAUGCUUAUGAAACUUGUCCGCAACUUAUCACAUCAUUCACAAAAUAAAGCAUUGUUUGUGGAGUUUGUCGGCGACAUCGCCGGUGCUGUCACAAAUGGAGAGGCAAGCGAAGAAUUCAUUGUUGAAUGUCUUGGAACUCUGAGUAAUAUUUUAAACCCAAACAAUAAUAUCGAUAUUUACGCUGUAGUGGAACGAUACAAUUUAAUCCCUCGCAUUAUGAAGAUAAUAAAUCCAGACGCGGCGUGCGCGCCGGAGCUGGUGCUGGAGGGCGUGGUGUGCGCGGGCGCGCUGAGCGGCGACGAGCGCGCGGCGGCGGCGCUGCUGCGCUCCGGAGCGGCCGACGCGCUCGUGGCGCUGCUGCGCCUGCGCCAGGCCGACGACGACCACGUGCUUCAGACCGUGUUCGCCUUUCGACAGCUGCUCUCGCACCCCCGCACCGCCGACUACCUCGUCUCGCGCACCGAAGCUCCAGCCUAUCUUAUCGAUUUAAUGCAAGAUAAGAACGCGGAGAUAAGAAAAAUGUGCGACACGUGCCUCGAUAUUAUCUCACAGAUGCAAAACGAGUGGGCUGUUAGGAUCAAGGUGGAGAGGUUCCGCUGUCACAAUGGUCAAUGGUUAUCGGUUGUCGAGACUCUUGGAGCAGAGGGUAGUGCUGGUGAUGCUAACGAUGACCUGCCUCCGUACUUGUCUGCCGAGUAUCUCACGACUCACCGAUUGACAACCUCAGAUUCUCAAACAUCAAUAAACGAUGACUCUGACAGUUUUUCGGGAGAACUUAGUAUACAUCGCCCUAACAGCAGAAACAUAUUGGAUAAACACACUGAUGAACUGCUUAGCACAAUGGACACCUCCUUGGUUAAAUCUAUUGAAAACGAUGCUUUUGAAAAGGACAUAAAUAUUUUUGAGUAA